AUGAACGCCGAACCAUUCGAUUUCAACGAGCAUGAAGACCUGCUUGCACACCAAUUACCAGAUAUUUCAAAUUUCCCCAGCAAUAUCACCGCAGAACUACAAAAUUAUGACACCACCUCCUUCAGCUUCCCGGACGAUCGCAUCCUGGAAGUCCCAUCGCUAACACUCCUAAACGCCGCCAUGAAAAUCGCCCAACGAUUAAAUAUCGCAGAUUUGAUCUGGGACAUGUCAGCAGUCAGCCCGUUCUUCGAACACAAAUCAUCUCAGUCAUCAAUGGCAGACCCACCUUCUUUGACAUCUUCCCCGACAUCAGGGCCCUCGUCAAGAACAUCUCCGUCAUACCAUAUGCCAUUCUUCGACGAGCUGCCUUCCCACCUUCAGCCAACUCCUACCCAGCGUUUGAUCCCGCAUCACCCCGUUCUGGAUCUACUCCCCUGGCCGAGUACGCGGGACAAACUUAUUCAAGUAUUCAACCUCCCUGUCAAUAUGCGUCCGCAAACGGCGCAGGACCCUAUGGGUGUUGUACGGCUUGUGUAUGAUAUGGAGGAUUCGAGCGGGGAGGGUAUGAAGGUGAAUGGGCAGGAUCCGUUUAAGCCACAGGAAUGGGAGAUUGGACAGUUAUUGUUUCAGAGGUGGUGGUGGGCGUUUGAGAGUCAUGUUGUGGAAAAUAGUAAUUGUGCUCGGAGAGGUAGGGGAAAGGAGAUGUUGAGAAUAGAGUGCUGA